UUUAUCUCUGCCUCUCUCUCUAUAUAUAUAUGUAUAUAUAUAUACACACACUAGUAUAACAUAGUACAGUAUUUAUUACAUAACAUAAGAGCUUAGGUGAAAUCUUGGAGAAUGACAUAAACAAAACAUUGAAUCUUGUAUUCAUGUGUACUAAAUAUAAUAUUUAUGUGUAUUUAUGGUUGGUUAUAUGGGAACUGCAUCUUUGAUGGGUAGGGAGUGAAUAAAACCCCCAUUUUUGGGCUGCUCUGCUAAGCUCGGAGUGCAGAAACCGGGUGCUAAUGUGGUGCCCGGUUUGUGUAUGCAUUUGUAUGUGUGUGUGAAUGUUGUGGGGGUGAAAGAUAAGAUCUGAGGAGUGGAUAUGAUUGGGGUUUGUUCUGGUCUUCCAAUUUCAAGUGGGGAUGUCAGGAUUUCAGUGAAUUGAGUGUUAGGAAGGUUUUAGAUUGACAGGGGGGCAGGUAUGAAGUUUUUCGUUGAGAUUGAUUCGGGUGGCACUGCUGAGUUCGAUGAAAUGGAUUAAGGAAUGUAGGACAAUAGGUACGAUGUUGAGGAUGUCGGUGUUGAAGCUGUUGGUUUUGUCUGUCCACAUUGCGAUAGCAGCAGCCGAUAAUGGCUUUGCUCGGUGUAAUUGUGAGUACGAGGGGUUUUGGAGCAUCGAGAACAUUUUGGAGUGCCAAAAAGUUAGCGACUUUUUGAUUGCGGUGGCGUAUUUCUCCAUCCCGAUUGAGCUCAUUUAUUUCAUCAGCUGCUCGAAUGUUCCGUUCAAAUUGGUGCUCUUUGAGUUUAUCGCGUUCAUUGUGCUCUGCGGGAUGACCCAUCUGCUCAACGGUUGGACUUAUUAUGGCCAACACUCGUUUCAGCUUAUGCUUGCCCUUACGGUUUUCAAAGUCCUCACUGCCAUGGUCUCGUUUGCCACUGCCAUAACCCUUAUCAGCCUCAUCCCGUUGCUGCUCAAGGUGAAGGUGAGGGAGCUUAUGCUCAAGAAAAAGGCGUGGGAUCUUGGUCGGGAAGUUGGGUUAAUAAAGAAGCAGAGAGAAGCGGGAUGGCACGUCCGGAUGCUCACCCAAGAAAUCCGCAAGUCACUCGAUCGAGACACAAUACUCGAGACGACUCUGAGUGAGCUGUCGAAGACGUUGGGUUUACAUAACUGCGCUAUUUGGAUGCCCAAUCAGGACAGAACAGUAAUGAACCUGACUCACGAGGUGAGGGAGAGGAACUUUUCGGACGUGAAUGACUUCUUGAUUCCAAUACUCGACACCGAUGUACAAGAAAUUAAGGCCAGCGACGAAGUGAAACUACUCGAGCCUUCGUCGCCCCUCGCUGCUGCGAGUAGUGGAAGGAGUAGCGAGCCGGGAUGCGUGGCUGCGAUAAGGAUGCCGAUGCUGAGGGUUGCUAAUUUUAAAGGCGGAACGCCCGAGCUUGUCCCGGCUUGUUAUGCUAUUCUGGUUUUAGUCCUCCCGUCUGGACAGGGCCGAUCUUGGGGCAGCCAGGAGAUUGAAAUAGUAAAGGUCGUUGCCAAUCAGGUUACCGUGGCUAUAUCCCACGCUGCCGUGCUCGAGGAGUCUCAGCAUAUGAGGGACAAAUUAGCGGAGCAAAAUCGAGAACUGCAGCAAGCGCAGCAGGGCGCACUGAGGGCGAAUCAAGCAAGAAACGCGUUUCAGAUGGUCAUGAGCAACGGGAUGAGAAGGCCUAUGCACUCGAUCUUUGGCCUUCUCUCGAUCUUGCAGGAGGACGAGAACUUAAACAGCGAGCAGCAUCUUCUUAUAAACGCAACGGUGAAAACCAGCAAUGUUAUCUCGAACCUAAUAAACGACGUGAUGGAUUGCUCAACAAAAGACAACCGAAAGUUCCCACUCGAGACUCGGUGCUUCGAGCUACAUUCUAUGAUAAAAGAGGCGGUCUGUGUUGCCAAGUGCAUCUGUGCUUACAAGGGUUACGAAUUCUCCGUUGAAGUCGACAAAUCCCUGCCUAAUCACGUUAUGGGAGACGAAAGACGAGCUUUCCAGGUUAUUCUCCAUGUAGUCGGGAAUCUCUUGAAGAACAGCAACGGAGGGUGCCUUAAAUUUCAUGUAGUGCCCGAAAGGUCUAGUCAGGGAGGAAACGAUUUAGGUUGGAGAACUUGGCGAUCAAACUCAUCCCGUGAGAAUGUCUUUGUCAGAUUUGAAAUUGGGGUACAUGGAAACAAUUCUCAACCCGAACACACAACAUCCAAAGUCUUGAAUCCUAAUCAGAAAUAUUGUGGAAAGGAUUUUGAGGGAAGCUUGAGCUUCAGUGUCUGCAAAAAGCUAGUUCAGUUAAUGCAAGGAGACAUUUGGGUAUCCCCGAAUCCUAUGGGUUUUGAUCAACAAGUCAUGGCUGUUGUUCUGGGAUUUCAACUCAGACCCUCGGUCGUCAUAGGCAUAUCGGAAUAUGGUGAUUCUUCCAACCGGACGCACUCAGAUUCUCUUUUCCCCGGGCUCAAUGUUCUGUUAGCUGACUACGAUGAUGUGAACAGAGCAGUAACCCGCCGUAUGCUAGAGAAACUUGGAUGCAUCGUUUCUUCGGUUUCAUCAGGAUACGAAUGCUUAGGCUGUCUCGGCACUACAAUAUCCCCGUUCCAAAUCGUGCUUUUGGAUCUUCACUUACCUGAUCUGGACGGGUUCGAAGUCACCAUGAGAAUCCGGAAGUUCAAAAGCCGUAACUGGCCACUGAUCGUUGCCCUAACAUCGAACAACGAUGCCAGCAUCCGUGGAAGAUGCUUUCAGGUCGGGAUGAAUGGCGUCAUCUGUAAACCGCUAUUCUUGCAGGGAAUUGCAGACGAGCUUCAGAAAGUUAUGUUAAUUGCGAGCCGAACCCUAUCUUGAAGAGGACACUGCACAACCAUGGAUCAUAUGAUAAGGCAAGGGAUUUCGAAAAUCAAAGCCAAACCACUUGAAUCGCUCCCUCGACGAUGAAGAACACAGCUGCACAGAUCACGCAAAAUCCAUCAAGUCGGUAUAGAAAGUCACUUCUUUUAUCUUGUCAUCAUAAUCCCCAAUCCCUAUAUUCAGUUCUCGGAUCUUUAUUAUCUAAACUUACAUAUUUACCCGAGUUGACAUCUAACUAGCAAAGCUCUUAUAAAAUACUAGUUUGUGCUCCAGCAAAAUCGAUAGGAAGUAGCAGUGACAUUCAAUUCUACAGAAUAUUCAAUUAGAAAAAGUAGUAGUAAUCAGAAACUGUGCUGUUUUGUCAUAAAAGCAACCUCAAUCGCAAUCUGGGAUAAUGGUUUUGAGCCAUGAAUUCAGUUGAAUAUGUUGCUUUAAUAUAAUGUCUCUGUAAAUCUGGGUGGUUGAGUACUUGAGUAGUCUAGUUCUGAUGAAUCUUGAUCCUGCAAUAUGAAUAUUGAUAUUAUUGAGCUGAAA